CUAAAUUAAAAGAUACGUAUAGAAAAAUAACCAAAUUAAGCAAAAUCAGUAACCCGAGUAAUUUUAUUUGUUUUGCUGAUAUGAAACUUAAUAAUAUGGUAGUAAGAUUAUUUCGUAAAGACGAAAAAAAGAAUAAAAAAUUUUUAAAUGUCAUCAAACAAUUUAAUCCGACUAUAGAAUAUUCUGAUCAUAUUGAUCAGCCUAAUACGAAUAUCGAACAUGCAGAUUCAACUUUCGAGAAUGCAGACCAUCUUGAUCAAUCAGAUUCGACUUUCGAACAUGCUGAACGACUUAAUCUGACAUUCGAGGAUGCACAAAAUAAAACUAGCAUAGAUAAGCGGAUAGGCAAUAUUACUACAGUUUUACCAAUAAAUAUAAUUAGUGAGGAAUUUUCCAUAGUGCCUAUCACGAAAAAUGGCGAAUACAAUGAGAGGG